AUGGCCCAUGACCAGAUUCGAGAGAUUAGCCACAAGCUCAAGCCAUUAUACCGGGGCAAAAGUACUAGUUUUGAGAAAUUCCAGGCAAAGAUUCGAUGGCACUUCGUGAAAGACGACUUUCAGGUUCCGAUAGCUACACUGGGGAGCGUGAAAUCCAGCCUAAACCUUUUGACAUCGCUCGCAAUGCUCGACUCUGCUAUUGCCAACUUUUCCAGGGUUCCGAAUUGGGAUCCUGUGAGAAAGUCACAAGCUCUUGAUAAGAUAACUGCCUUGAAAAAGCAGACUCGCCGAACGGAACGACAGUUCAUCGAUUCAAUCGGAGCGCUCCACGGGAAAACCAGCCUCAAUGGGCAUCCAGACACCGCAGGCAAUAUCCGAGUGAUAACGGUCAUUAUUGAAGAUAUUAGAAAAGACACCAUCAAAGAUGCACGAGACUUGAUUAAGAGAUUUUCCAAACAGUCCCCCGUUGAACCUCCAGCAGAUCCAGAUAUUUCCUCACAGUUGACUUCUGCGGACGAUAUGUCCUCAUCAAACCCUGCUUUCGUCGUGAUCACCCGGAACUCAAGCGGACCGAAACCGAGGAAACUUUCUCUUCGUGACCGAAGCUUCACUAGAGACAGCAUCCAUACCCUCACUAAAGAGCCAACACCGGUUCCCAGUGAGCUGGGACUUCGAGGAGAAACUCGCGGCCAACGCCCUGUCUCUCCUCAUUAUAGCGACCGGGUUACGGUCGAUCCUGAGCUAGAACUCUCUGUUGCCCACGCUAUUGAUAACACAGACACGGAUAUCCCGCAUCAACCCAGAAUAUACCAACCUAUGCCCCCUUUCGAUGAGUCUGACCUGCGCGAGAGGGAGAUACGGAACGGCCGCCGUCAAAGCUGUUCUCGCUGUCAAAGGGGAGGAUGA